AAAUUAAAUCAUCUUCGCUUCACUUUCGACGUAAUAUUUUCAUGCUAUAAAAAAUCUGGUAAAAUUUUAUGUGCAUUUUACUAAUAUUGUAUUUAUUAAAUGCACAUUAAUACAUAUUUUACAUUUGUCUAUGGGUGCUUGAGUGAACAUAACCUCAAACGUCAAUAACAUAACCUCUCAAUUCGAUCAAAACAACACAUGUCACGAUGCAAGUAUCGGACCCAAAUAACGUAAAAAUAUACAAUUUAAGUGCCGGGAAAUCUCUGCCAGAAUGGCUGUCGGAGAAGAAACGGCGAGCGUUGAUCAAGAAAAAUGUGGAUGUACGACGCCGUAUCGAGUUGAUUCAGGAUUUCGAUAUGCCUGGCCUCAGUACAUCGAUCAGAGUAUCGAAAGAUGGUCGAUAUGUGGUGGCAACAGGGAUCUACAAGCCCCGAGUGAAAUGUUUUGAUGUUGAUCAACUGUCGUUGAAAUUUGAACGGUGUUUCGAUUCGGAGGCAGUUACAUUUGAAAUUCUCAGCGACGAUUACAGUAAAUUAGUCUUUUUACAAUGUGAUAGAUAUAUUGAAUUUCACGCGGCUCAUGGAAGAUAUUACAGAUUGAGGAUACCGAAGUUCGGUCGUGAUAUGAAGUAUCAUUAUCCAUCUUGUGAUUUAUUUGUGGUGGGGGCUUCCUCAGAUAUUUACAGAUUGAAUUUAGAAAGAGGACAAUUUAUGACUCCCUACAGCAGCACCACAGCUUCAGCCAUAAACAAAUGUGAUAUAAAUCCAGUGCAUCAUUUGUUGGUUUGUGGUACACAAGAAGGUAGAGUUGAAGCUUGGGAUCCAAGAAUGAAGGAGAUGGUUGCAUCUCUAGACUGUGCCUUCAGUUGUGUCAAUGAAAAUAAGGAAUUGGAAGGUUUUCCUUCAGUUACUGCUGUCAAGUUUAAUGGUGCGAUGAAUUUGGCUGUGGGUACUGCUACUGGACAAAUUUUGUUGUAUGACAUCAGAUCCAAUAAACCAUCCUUUGUAAAAGACCAUAUGUAUGGACUGCCAAUAAAACAUGUAGAAUUUCACCACCAACAAGAUUUAAUUUAUUCCUUGGACAGUUCCAUCUUGAAAAUCUGGGAUAAAAAUGAUGGAAAGCUAUACACGUCAAUAGAAGCAUCAACAGAAUUCAAUGACUUGUGCGUGGUGCCAAAUUCCGGACUGUUUUUCUUGGCGAACGAAAAUACAAAAAUGCAAACGUACUAUGUACCAAGCCUCGGUCCAGCGCCGAAAUGGGCCAGUUUCUUGGAUUCCCUGACCGAGGAAUUGGAAGAAUCAAACGCGGAAAUCGUCUACGACGACUACAAGUUCGUCACGAAACAAGAACUGGCCGAUCUUGGUCUGGAACAUCUUGUCGGUACUCAGAUGCUUAGGGCGUACAUGCAUGGUUAUUUCAUGGACGUCAGAUUGUACAAGAAGGCGAAGUCGGUGGCGAAUCCGUUCGAAUUCGAGGAGUAUCGUAAGAAGAAGAUCCGAGAGACCAUCGAGAAAGACCGGGAACACAGAGUACAAGUCAAUAAGCUUCCAAAGGUUAAUAAAGAUUUGGCUUUGAAGCUCAUUAAUGAUCAGAGCAACGCAAAGAAAAAGGCUGAAGCUACAAGUUUGUUGAACGACGACAGAUUUAAGAAGUUGUUCGAGAAUCCCGACUUCGAAGUGGACAAGAACGCUGAUGAAUACAGGUUGUUGAAUCCCGUUUUGUCCAGAUUGGAUAAGAAUAAGAAGAAAGAAUUGAAAAAGAAGCUGGCUGCGUCGCAAGAAUUCGAACCAAUGGAGGAGGAACUGGAAGGCAAAAACAGUUCUGAAGAGUCUUCUUCAGAAGAAGAGUCAGAAGAAGAGAGUAGUGAUGAUGAACACACUUGGACCAAUGAAGUUAAGAAACAACACAAACUGAUUCAAAGGGAGCACAGAAUGAAAGAAAGACUUGAAGCUGCGCGAGAAGAGGAAAACGAUGCACAACUUAAACAACCAAAGAUGUUCGAAAUACGACAAGGCGAAGAAUUCAAGGGAAUCAACAGUCUUAAAAAGAAAAUGAACAAGGCUAGUUUAGGGGACAGGUUACAGCAAAGUGAUGAUUCCACAGUUAAGAUGUUGGGUUCCGUGGGGAACCGGGAAAUGACGUUCUCAACGAGGAAAAAACGUGACAGACAAAUGGACGAACGUAAUAAAAAGCACAGGGAAGAACGUAAACGCGUGAUUCGACCUACAAUAGGUAUAAAAUCGAGGACGAAACCCUCGUCGUCCUUCCGAGGUAGAAGAAAAUAAUAUAUUCUCCUUAGUUGGUUGUUGAUUUGUCGUGUAUUUUUUUAAACAAAUAUUACAAUAAAAUGUUACAAUUACUGAG